GAACCUUCCCGAUAAUCAUCACCUUCAGAUUUAUUUUGCCAAGUAACCAUCACCUUCAGAAUUCAUGAAGAAAAAUCACGAUCGCCUUUGCCUUGUUGCCUAUAAAGCGACCCGCUUUCACUUUCGUCAAGAAUCAUUGUCCUUACGAGUUCUAACUCUCCCGAUCGAGUCCGCUGGCACUUCAUAGGCUUCCCUUUGAAUUGAGUACUCAUACAAGACAGUGUUCAGCUUCUGGGUAUUGGGUUUUUUCGAGGUUCUGAGAUUGGUGGGGUUGUGACGGAGAUGCAGAUGGAGGCUGACAAAGAGCCGCUAUCUUAUUACGGUGUUCUUGGUGUUGGUAUGAACUCGUCUGCUGAAGAAUUAAGGCGUGCUUAUCGCAAGCUUGCUAUGCAAUGGCAUCCAGAUAGAUGGACUAAAACCCCUUCUUUGUUGGGCCAAGCUAAACGAAAAUUCCAGCAAAUUCAAGAAGCCUAUUCAGUGCUGUCAGACCAGAGGAAGAGGACGCUGUACGAUGCAGGGUUAUAUGACACCGAUGAUGAACAAGAUGAGGGCUUUUCUGAUUUUCUCCAAGAAAUGGUUUCUCUCAUGAAGCAGACCAGGAAAGAGAAAAAGACUUAUAGCUUGGAGGAGCUACAGAGGAUGCUUGUGGAAAUGGCUCAAGGAUUCGAUUCUCCUACAUGGUUUUGCGGACCCUCAAUUGUUGGAAACUCCGGAUGCUCAAAGAAAACACGUUGGGAAACAGAUCAAAUGCCGCGUAGAAGCUCACAUUUGCAUGCAUCAAGCUUGGGGAUGUCUGGAAGUAGCGGCUGUUGCAAUUAAUGAGGAAGCUUUCACCGUUCUUCCAGAGAAGAUAUGAUGAGGAAACUACUAAUUCAAUUUUUUUUUUUUUUUUUCCUGCUCACCUUGUGAUUUCGAAUGAGUCAAAAUACCCGAGCCAGAGGGUUGAAUGAGUUUAGGCUUGAGACUGGAGUAGAUCAGAGAAGAGAGAGAGAUAGAGAGAAAAGGUCUGCAAUGUUUUGUGUACAGAGAUUAGAGCUCUGCCUGUGGGGCAUGGUGUCUUUUGAUGAAUCUUAUUAUGCAUUGUCUUCAUACAGAUGAUUAGAGUUCUCUUCUCUCUUCUCUUUACUGUGAUUU